GCACAAUUUAUAAUUUUUGGUAAUAAAUUUAGACAAUUCAAUGGAUAUUGUCGAAUAUUUUUUUAGUUGAGUUUGAGACGUAGAAACGAAAUAAUUAAAUCAUUAUUUUUGGGUGAAAAUAUAUUGUAAAAUUAAAAUGACGAAUAAAUUAAACAGAUUAUUUGUAUUAUUUGUAAUUAUACAAUUACUGGGACUAUCGGAAAGAGUUGAAUGCGGCAGAUAUCAGCCGCCGCAAAAAGGAAGGGGAAAAGCAUUUGGCGCCGGUAUUUUAGCUGGUGGUUUAGCUGGAGCUGCUAUGGGCCAUAUAUUAACCCGUCCAAACGCACCACAGGAAGUCCAUCAUCAUCAUCAUGUUAUAGACCCUAAUGCUGCCGCUCCCAUUGCAGCACCCAUUCCUAAUCCAAUGCCACAACCAAGACCUUCUACCAUAAUCGAAAGAGGUGAAACUUUUUCGAACGGUUGUUAUAAAGAAAUUAUUAAGGAACCCGAUGUGAAUGAUCCAACGAGAUUUAUCGAAACGGCACAAUUGAUAUGUCCACAAUUUUUGCCACAGCCAGCGCCACCUUUAUAUGUACAUCAAAUACCAGUACAACAGCCUCAACCAAUAAUACCAGUUGUACAUGCACCAGUUCCUUCAUUCCCUCAAACACCAACAGAUGUUAAUUCACAACAUAUUCCGGCUCCUACAUAUGUACCAGCAGCACCUUUAAUACCACAACCAAUUCCCGAGCAACCUGCUGCCCCCAUUGAAGUUAAUCCUGCACCACAAACUCUCGAAACCCCUGCUGAAUUUUCACCAAACACAGAACCAGCUCAUAACGCAGUUUUAGCUCCGCUUAAUCCCAUUCCUCCAGCACCUGAACAAUCUACUAAUUUAGUGCCUGAUUUACCCACAAUACCAGUUAUAAAGCAUCAUAUACCACAACCAGCAAUAGUACAACAUUCUGUACAACCGGCAGCACCAGUAGCUGUUCCAGCUCCUGAACACUCUGGCAAUAUAGUACCUGCUUUACCCGUGAUGCCUGUUGUUAAUCAUCAUCUACCACAACCAGCUAUAGUCCACCAUCAUGUACAGCCCGUUGCCCCAGUUGCUCCAGUUCCAAUUCCAGCCCCGGCAGAACCCUCACAAGUUAUUGUGUUGUCGAAGAAGACUGGUUUUUAUGAGGAGGAUAAGAAAAAGAAUUCGGGAAAUAGCUUGUCAAAUAACUUCGGUUUUCUUAUAUUGCUGUUAGCAAUUGUGCGUCUGUUUUAAUUCAGGUUUAAAUGGGUUUUGCGACUUAGAAUGCGCCCACUAAAAAUUUUAAAAUUAACUUAAAAUGUUAAAAUAUAUUUUUUGAAAUAAAAACAAAAUUUUUUGUAAAUGACUUCCAAAACUAAA